CGGGAGAGCAAGUUCACGGCGAGUGUGGAGAAUUUCUUUCCACUUGGAAGUAAAAACCUGUGGGUUUUUUUGGCUGAUGCGAUUUCUGUGCUGAAACCUAGUAUGGUCAACCAGGAGCCAGGGCCUGCUCUUUUGGAGGGCGGGACAGUCCCCCUCCCCUGCGAUGGGCCAGGCUGGGCAGGGCUCCGGGCAGCUCUGGCCGGGCUGGGGGCGGUCGCCUCCCCCGAGGGCCUCCUCCCCUCCCUGGGGCGGGUCUAUCGGGCUGCCCACCCGGCCCAGCUGAGUUGGCACACGGGCCGCCCCCUGGCCCCGACGCCACACCCCUUCCUGGGGCUGGGCCACUUCCUAGAGCACGUGGCCUCGGAGGCGGAGCAGGAGAGGUUCUUCCAGAGGGUGUUGCCGACAAUCGCACGACUGGCCGGGCAUAUAGAAGCAUGGCGCCCCCAAGAGGCGAUCCAGUACAUGGUGCAACAGCAAGAAUCGUCGGUGUGCCUGGACAGGCGCUUCGUGGCCAGCGUGGUCGCCAACGCUUUCCUCUGCACCUUCCCCAAACAGCCGAACCCCCAGCUCAACAGCAUCAACUUUGACGAGUUCUUCCAGUUCCUCAUUUGUUCUUCCACCAAGAACUCCCAAGCAGCCAAGCUUCGCUGCAUCCUCAAUUACUUUGACCGACUGGCUGACGUGGACAUGGAGAGGGACUUGACAGGACAGAUAUCCUACAUCAGACAGGUCCUCGGAGAGGGUGAGGCCAUGUCCCUGGAGGGCUGGCUGGACAGCAAGGUCAAGCUCUGUCCCCUCACCAUCAAGCACAAGGGGCUGAUUGAGGACGCCGGCAGUCACGCGUUGCAGGUGGAUUUUGCCAACCGGUUCCUCGGCGGCGGCACACUACUAGCCAGCCGCCAGCAGGAGGAGAUCCGCUUCUGCACCUGCCCCGAGCUGCUGGCUGCCCUGCUCUUCACCGAGAGCCUGCAGGACAACGAGGCGGUGGUCGUGGCAGGGUUCGAGCAGUUCUCAGAAUACACGGGCUACAGCAGCACGCUCAAGUUCUCCGGUGAUCACAAGGGCUGCGCCGAGAGAAACUCAUCUGGCGACCUUAACAACACCCUUAUUGCGAUCGACGCCAUGCCCUGGACUGGCUACCUGCAUAACCAGUACAGACCGGAGCACUUGCUGCGCGAGCUGAACAAGGCCUACGUCGGCUUCUGCUACCCCAAGGCCUCGGAGGCGAGCGUCUCCACUGGCCAGGAAGAGGCCGACAGCAGCAGUUACCACGACGCGCUGGACCAGUCCCUGGUGUCGACGGACGGGGCUGAGUUUGAGACGGCAUCGUCCGGAGAUGAUCGCAGUCGGAAGUCUUCCUGCAACUCCACCCUCCAGGCCUACGGAAGCUCCCUGAGUCGCGCCAUCACGGACAUCGCCAUCAAGGAUGUCACAGGCUCCUAUCCCCGGCCCAGCCUCCCCCGGGAUGAGUCCAGUGUCACCUCACUCAGCACCGUACUGACGGCGUCCAACGCCUCCACGCCCGUCAACGAGGGCAGCCCCAGGAAGCUUCCGGGAAUAGCCGGGGAGGUUGCAGCCCUGGAAGGCUAUGCCACUGGGUUGGCUCAGGACGUCCUGAAAGAGGGUGGAGCCAGUGGAACAGGAGAGGGUACCCGCAGUGACGCUAAUACAGAGGGUUACAAAGUAGAGGCACAACUUGAACACCAGGCGAUGACUUUGGUGAGAGAAGUCAUCUCAAGUGCCGUGGGUACAGUCCGGGAAAGGAAUGAGCAAGAUAUCCCUGAGAAGGCUACAGCAAGCUGUGAUGGGGAAAACAGCAAAGAAGAAUCACUGAGGGCCUCAGGUGAUGCUGUUGAUGGCGCUACCUCGAGUGAUGUCAGAAUGAGUGGUAGCACCCUGGCUGUCAUGGCCCCUCCGCUGAAGCAAAACGAGUCCCAGGCUGGGCUGGAGUUCCACAGCGGCGAGUCCCGGAGUAGCAAGGGCUCCCUGGCCGACUACAGCAUCAUCUCCUCGGCCUCCGGCCAGUCCUCGGAAGGCUUCGUCAAGCUAAACGGGGAUGCCGAUCUGGCGUAUCGACAACGGCACCCUAAUCAGGCUUUCUCAGCCGAGGUCUUGGCUGCUGACAUCAUGCAGGACGCACUGGCAACGCUGCACAAGCACUUCAAUAUACGCUCAGGUAUCCCCACGACCAUCUCCAGUGACUCUCUGAACCUGAGCGAAAGCCACUCGGAGAUGUCUGCGGCGAGAGAUCGCUCGGGCUCUUUCGACAUGCUCACAAGUGGCGAUAUCAGCAGCAGCCCGUCAUUGUCUGAAUAUGUCCGGGUCAACCCUUUCAGCCUUGAUGGAUUGGCGGAGGACAUCAUGUCUUCUGCAUUUCAGCAGCUGCAACAAAUCCUUGAAGAGAAGGCAAGCAGGGAUAUGAAUGGCAAUCAGAAGAACAACAAAAUGGUUAUCCUGUCGGAUACGGACGAAAGUCUGAGAAAUUCUCUGAAUAAUAAUGCGCCAAGCGACUAUGAGGCCCUUGCCCAGGAAGACAUCAGGAAUGGAAACACGCUUCGAAGCAGCACUCAGGAUAGUAUCAGCCGAGAGGAGAAUCGGAGAACCGGUGCAGCUGAUAGCUUUGCCGAGAGAUUGGUCGGGCAUGUCUUCAACGACUCUCUGCUCGACUUGCAGAAUCAGAGUCUCCUGAGCAAUAACAGGGUGCGGCAUCAUGAGGAGCCCGACACGCCUCCGCCAUCCCCGACAGACCCGGCCGAGAUGGAAGCCAGCCUGCAAGCCUCCCAGUCCUUCGACAAGAGUCUGGUGACCAUCUCCGAGCAGCCGGCCAUCGAGGAGCCCCAGCCCCUCUACCUGGGUGAUAAGCGGCUGUCAGCUGACUCAUCAGGCACGGAGAGCAGCCAGUCCCGGGAGGCGCGCAUCCGGGAGUGCGCCGAGCAGCUGGUGGCCCGGACGCUGCCGGAGUCCAUGAGGCUCCUUGGUGGGAGCGCCCAGACUACCAGCAGCUCCAGCUCCCGCCGGACCUCCAGCCCCAGGAGCUCCAUCCCGGACAGCUCUAACCGGUCCAGCCUGGACUGCUUCACUGAGGACCUGCUGCGCAUCGGCAACAUCAAUCCUACCGGGAAGCGGCCCAGCCGCACCGAGGAGAGCCUGGCCUUCUUCGCCCAGGAGAUCAAGCGGAUGGCAGAAGCCGAGGAAAAGUCAUCCAAGAAGCAGAAGGAGGACUUUGCUGACUUUGCCAUAGAGCUGCAGCGGGGUAGCACCCGAGCCCAGCCUGAUGAGAGCCCUGCGAUGCAUAGUCAAUCCCUGGAGGUCCUAGCCGACCGUUACUCAGUCCAGGUCAUAUCUGAUGUAUUCGUCCAACUUUAUGGGGAGCCGUGGUCAGAGGCCGAACACUCUGAUCCAGAAGAGGAAAAUGAGAUGCAGUCCACCAGUGAGUGCGUUCUAUCUGUCACAGAGCACCCUCAACGCCGUCCUUCGGAGCAGGACCUAAUGAGCCUGGCGUCCAACCUGGCCAACUCCAUCCUCGAGGCUGCGCUCAGAGUGUACCGAGAGGAGCACCUGCAUCUGCCAGAUGUGCACGUAAACCUGGAUGCUGGGAGUUCCGACCUGGGCCACGACCAGUGCUCGCCUCCCGAAAAAGCCGAUGGGGAUGCAACAAGUUUCAAGACUUGCACAUUAGACGAGUUCGCUUCUGUGACUGUGGAUGCAGCCACCGAGGAGGCUUUCACACACCUGACAAAGUUCCUGAAGGAUGGAGGAAGAUUGGUUCAGGAAGUAGAUGAAGGUGACUUAUUAAGAGAGUUAGGGCCAACGGGUCAGAGGCCGAUUUCCACGGGUAAUUGGGGCUGCGGGGCAUUCGGCGGUGAUCCGCAGCUGAAGUCACUGAUCCAGUGGAUGGUGGCAUCGCAGGUGGGCUGCCCACGGAUGAUCUACUACAGCUUUGGGGACGAGCGAGUCAGCCGGCUGCAGCGAGUGGUCACCGAGAUUACCUCCCGACAGUGGACGGUGGGGGACCUCCUGGGGGCAGUGCUUGACCACAGCUGGUUGACCCUCAAUGUGGACGCCGAGCCGCUCAACCUGUUUGACCGCAUCAUCAACAGCGGAUAAUGCCCAGUCUUUCUAACCUAAGCAUUCAGCCAGUCAUCACUGGCCGCUGUACUUUAAAUGAAUCCAGAACUAUAUUUGCAAAAGAACAUUUCCGAAGUCGCUGGAGUGGAGUCCAUCACAAGUUCAGUUACAGGUCCUCUAAUAGAUUGUGAGGCCGUGUCCGAAUCAAGCGGCUGCGGCUAAGGCUAACUCAUGUCUGUAGGAAGUGGCUGCAGCUGCCAGCCAUCGAUUUCUAUAGGUGCGUGUGUUACUUCAAGUUGCAGCCACAGUGUUUGGACACUUGCAGCUGAGUCUGCCUGUAAUCCCAACAACUGAUUAAUUGUACAGUGACUACUGGUGUGUUGUGUUGGUGAAUAAGCAUUCAGCAACGCAGCAGACCAUAUAAACUUCUACACAUCGGACAAGAGAAAAUACACAGAAGAUGGAAUCUUUAGUAAACACAGAUGGAAGUGUAAUCAUGUUUGAGUAACAAAACAAGCUCCUAAUCGAAUAACUAUUCAUCAAAAAUGUCGCUAUGAUACGCAUUAAUUGGCCAGAACUGUGAUUAGCAACCGUAUGCUGGACAGUAUACACUGUCGUAUUUUUCAUUAAGAGACAAAUCUCAAAUCCCUUCCUACAUUGAAAUUGUCUCUGUGAAAACACUUAACUUGGUCAAAUAUAACUACGCCACUGAAUUAUACGUAUUGUUAUGUAUGGUGCUAUCAUUCAUUUCCUUUAACCAUCAAAGAGCCGGGGUAUUUUUUACCAUCGGGGGGUGGCAGAUUCUGCUUCUUUUAAGAACUAGGCCGACCAGUGUCGAAUUUUUAAAAAACUUGGCAUGCAUGUUAAAACACUCCUUAUCAGUACAACUGUGGAGUUCAACUCAAUCUGACAUGUAGAUCUGGGUUCACAGUCAUUUGAAGGCCACACGUCACGUGUGCCAGCCGGCGUACAUUGAGCUCGAUACAAGUAUACAUUUUCGGCCGAUCUGUUUCGAUAAAAUUGGGAGCUUCACAAGAACAGUGUGUUUGAUAUUCACCAACCUGGUGCCAAAUACUGCAGAGAGUUACUGAAUACACUUGUAAAGGCUCGGCUCUUGAAAGAAAACGCACUGUAGUGAUACCGGAAAAAAAGGUUGAGGGGAUUCCCCCCCCCACGGCUCUUUGAAGGUUAAUCGUUUUAGCUGCACUCUUCUUGGCUGAAUACAGAGAUACUUACAUCGAACCAAAGACUGCCCUUACAAACUCCCAAGUAACCUUAAAUCCAGACAGUCUGUAAGUCAGAAGCUGAAGAAAAGUUCACCUUAAAAAAGAUUCCUCUUUUUCUGCAAUGAUUAUAAUGCAACCUAUUUAUUAAAUCAGCGUUAUCUGUUGAAUCACGCGGUUUUAAAGGAAUCAAUGUUUAGAUCCCUAUCUUUGUAAAAAAAAAAGCAUUUGAAAUCAUGUCAAUCAGUGUGAUGAAAAUUGGAUACCCCAACUGUGAGGGCAUCAUCGUGAAGACAAGCGAUGUUUAACAUUUAUGCAUUUAAUAGAAAUCUGUAAUGCACAGUUUUAUUAAGAGGCAUUUACCGAGUCCACCAAGUAUGCUGAAAGAUUAAGUAACUGGACUAAUUACUGUGGCUUAAUUUUUUGUUUUUAAACCUGUUGAUUGUGAACAGAAAUCUGAGUGUUUGUGAUGUGGGGGGUUUGAUGAAAGUGGCCAGGUUUUGUGGCAAAAGGGCUUGCUGCCAAGUCCAAAUCUUAAAGUCUGAUAAUAUUCUGAUGUCUAAAUGCACAGGCAUCCGUGUGAAGUUAAAUGUGCAAACACACAUAUUCCAGUUCACCCAAACCGCUUUAUUGUCCAUUCAAAAACUUUGUGUUUCAAAAUGACACCAUACCUUUGUGACAAAAAAGUCAGGCUCCAACCCAUUGUAGAGUGUUCAGUAAGUAAAGUGGAUCUGGGGAUCAUGAUCUAAAAUGGCUGCCUCAUGUAUAAAUCCAAUUCAGGGAUUCUGGGGAAAAAAAAAGAAUUUGACCUACCGUACCUCGUCAUAUUCUAGGGUAAUUUUUUAGAUUUGGGAAAACUACAAGACACCACUGCUGCGUACGCUUCCUUUACUGAUUUUAAAAGCUUGGAAUAGACAGCAGCCUAAUGAGUCGCUACAGUGUUUAAAAAAUCCAAGGUCUUUCGGGAGCAAAGCACGCGAGUGAGUCAGCGUAUGGCUGCGUGGAUAGGACAGACUGCCAUGUGCGCACGUAGCUCUUCCCAAACAGCCUCCAUAUCAAACUGGUUUAUUACGGUUGACCUUGUCAUGUAAACCCUUAUGCAGAGUCGAGCAAAAGAAGAAAAUUGAACCGACUGUGUUCAAGAGUUAAUGUGCAAAACACGUUUACCUCUCUCACAGUGUCACCAUGAAUUUUUCUCUCACACUCAAAAUAGUCCUGGUUAUCCCAAUGUCUAAUGGAUGAACAUUCUCCUUCCAGUUUUAAAGUCUGGUUAUCAUUUUCCAGAUUUUGUUAGAACUUUGGUUUGCUGUGUUUCAGAAGUCUGUAAUUUUACUCAGCAUUAUCAUUUUAAUGUUAAGUUUGGGUUUCGGGUUCUGUUUUCUCUAAAGCUUUUUAAAACAACAUAAUGGCUAGCAUCACUAUAUUCUCCCUAAAGUUGAAUCGGAUAUUUAUGGUGCAUAUUUAUUUAUAGUUACUGCAAUUCAAAACUGCCGAUAUUUGCCUGGUCGGUUUUUAUAUCUUGUGUUUUGAAAGAGUCGAUACACGCGGACUUAAAGAGCACCAAGGUUGUCAGAUUCAACAAUUGUGCUGUGGUGGAGAGGCAGUUUACAAAAGCCAGGCAAAAAAUGUCAUUCCAAGUGAACCCUUACUAAGGCAUAUGACCCUAUCAACGAUCAGGCUUGUAAAGCUUUGGAUUAGAAAUAUUUUGCAAUCAAGUAAAGUGUGGGUUAUUUAGUCUUUAAAAAUAAUUUCAUUUGAUUCUAUAGAAAGGAAUAUCAAUUCCAACCAGCUUCUCCAUAUUUUGAAAACUUAGACAUGCCCACCUUGAUUGGAAAUUCAGAAGUCAAUAACGAUGUUUAAUGAAUGAACCUAGUGCAGAUUCGUGUUUGAAAUAUCAUAUUUGGUGUUUAACUUUUGGCUAAACUUUCAUUUUGUGUUUGAGUGGCAUGACACACGAGCUUAAUAUAAUUAAUUGCAUUUAUUUUUUUAUAUUGGGAAAUAGUGUUGGUGUGCCAAUAUUUGUAAAGACGUCUAAUAUAAUGUAACAUUUCAAUUUUUUCAGUACAAAAUAUCCAUGGUGGUUGCAUAUAUAUAGAUUACAAGUCCAGAAUAUUUGUGUGCACGAGUGUGCUACUUCAAUAAUCUGUAGUAAUUAAUCAUACAUUUGGAGGAAAAAGUGGAAAGUAAUAAAUGGAAUGGAAAAGUGACUAAAACAUUGAAUCAGUUUA